AUGUGUCACGGACAUCCUCGAUAUCACUCGUGCGCGCACACGUCGCUCGUCUGGUACUACUGCCCCUCAGCACACAUCGACUUGGAGACGGGCUUCGAGACGCCCUGCCGCAACGUCUCUUUUGCACCAGCCCAGUCCAGCGCGCUGUCGUGCCCGCUUAAGAAUUGCCAAUUUGUCGACAAGGGCGGCAGCUGGAUAUGCUGCAAAUGCAAUCAGGGCCCCAACACGCAGGGCUGGUGUUCCGCUCCCAUAGCAAACGUCCCGGACGACUUGGACUCGCUGCGGCUGGACGAUGAACAGAGAACAUGCGACCACGGAUGCUGUGACGACUGCAGGAGAUUCGGGCCGAGUCGCAGUCCCUCUCCCGAGAAGCGGGUUGUGGAGUCUCGCAAGGGGCGUUCACGCAAGUUUGGGUAUGGAACGUCGUCCAGAUCCCAUCGGUGCGAGUCGCCAUAUGCCCUGAUGAAAGGCCUGUCGCUUGAUAAAGGUUCCGAAUCUGGCGGCACGGCAGCCUCUUCGUCGUCGAGCAGUUCAUACGACUACCGGUCGAAAAAGUCCAAGCCGUCCAAGAAGAGCCACAAGUCAAAGACUCGAGGCUGA